GGAAAGAUGGACAAGAAAGUGAAGAAAAAGUCACGAGUAGCCAAUCGGUAUUUUGAAAGUUCUUCUGAAGAUGUUGUUAAAGAAAAGCAGAAGAAGAAGUCAAAGGAAGGAAAGGCCGAGACUGUCCGUCAUGAUGAGGCUUCUGUUAUAAACGUGUUGGAUGAUGAUGCAAAUAUUAAAAGGACGAAGAUUGCAGACAGGAGGAGAAAAAGUAAAACAAAGACGAAGAAUCUCCGACAGGCUGAUCCAUUUCCAGGUGAAGCACCUUUGCCUAGCGACAAGUUUCAGAAAUAUUCUCGAGGAGAUCAGAUGGACAAGAGUGCAAGGACACGCUAUCAUAAAGCUAAAUUUAGCUUAGAGGAGGAUAGGAUACAGAACUCCUUGAAAGCUGCUGUUCAAUCAGAAGUCUUCUUGUCUGAGGAAGCAGGUUUUCUAGCGGCUGAUCGUGAACCAACUACGAACAUCUCCCAGCAUGACAUACAGAACAGUGUGGACAUCAACAGUGCUCAGAAGUUUUUUGAUUUAAAACUACCACAGUUUGGUCCGUACAGAUUGAAUUACACAAGAAACGGAAGAUACUUGUUGAUUGGUGGGAACAAAGGUCAUGUGGCUGCUAUUGAUUGGCUGACGAAAAAGCUGAUGUGUGAGAUUAAUGUCAUGGAAACAGUUAAUGAUGUAAAAUGGUUACAUCAGGAGACAUUGUUUGCGGCUGCUCAGCGUCAGUGGACUUACGUGUACGACAACCAGGGUAUAGAACUCCACUGUUUGAAGGCCUUAGACUCAGUUCUGCGACUUGAAUUUCUGCCGUACCACUUUCUGCUGGUCAGCUCUAAUAUGAAAGGUUAUCUGUCUUACUUGGACGUGUCUGUGGGUCAGAAGGUCACAGGGUUCCAGACAGGCAUGGGCCGCCUCGAUGUCAUGUGCCAGAACCCAAGUAAUGCCAUCAUCUGUCUGGGACAUUCAAGGGGUACAGUGACGAUGUGGUCACCAAAUAUAAAGGAACCUCUGGUAACGAUGCUGUGUCACCCUGGUGGUGUAAGGUCCAUCGAUGUGGACCGGAAAGGAAAUUAUUUGGCUACCUCUGGCACUGACAGAACCAUCAAGAUUUGGGACUUACGGACGUUCAAGAUGUUACAGUCGUACAAAGUAGGAGCAGGAGCAAGCCACCUUUCCUUCAGCCAAAGAGAAAUUUUAGCAGCGGGAAUAGGCAAUGUUGUGGAGGUGUACGAAGACUGUUGUCGGAAUCAGGUUAGCUCCCCUUAUUUAACACAUCGUCUCCAUGCUGGAAUACGAGGGAUGCAGUUCUGUCCCUUUGAGGAUGUCUUGGGUGUGGGUCAUGGACAGGGCUUUACCAGUUUGCUCAUUCCGGGUGCUGGGGAAGCUAACUUUGAUGCCAUGGAGACAAACCCUUACCAGACCAAGUCUCAGAGACGGCAGGCUGAGGUGAAAAUGUUAUUAGAAAAGAUAUCCCCAGACAUGAUACACCUGGACACGACCAAAAUCGGGAAAGUGGACGGGAAAACAUUACAAGAGACAAUCCAGGAGAAGAAUAAACUUAUUUUCCUUAAGCCACAGAAAGUUGACUUUGUGCCAAAAUACAAGAAAAAGGGCCGAAGUAAAACAGGGCGAGUGGAAAAGAGGAAAAAGGGAUUCCAGGAGUUCAGUAAACGAGCAAUUGUGAAGGAACUGAUUGUAGAAAAAGAGAAACAGAUCAAAGAAAGACAGUUAUCCAAGGACAAUAAAGGUUCUGGUAACGUGUUAGACAGAUUCAAGAAGAAACCAAGCUGACAGCAGUUGACUUGAGAGUACAAGCUGACACUUGAACUAUGCUGACGUGAUUUAUUUACUUCACUCCAAGAUGGGAGUUCAAACAGCAGACUUGUUGCAAGCUACCUGUAUCUUCAGACUGUAUCACCUUAAACUGGGAAUAGAAUGCUGAUCAGUUAACAGUGACUUCAAGUUUAUAAUAUUUUACUCAUGGAUAGUGUCAACCUGUCUACAGCCAUGUCAGUUUAUGCUCAGAAGUUUACCAAAAACUUGAAGAGAUAUGGUGGCUGUUAGCUUGAGACUUAAAGUUGAUUUCUGUUUCUCUAAUAAUUACAGUUUCAAAAUAGUUGCAAAAAGUAAUCAUUGUAUAAAUGAAGUAACACCAGCUUCAAGUACAAUCUGUAAUUAAAUAUGUUUUUUAAGUAAAGACAACCAAUGUGGCA